UUCACAGGGGGGAAAGGAACUUGGACUUGGGAGCUCUGUUCAAGGGAGCGUGGAGGAGUUGUGAAGUUUGAGCUUUGAGUUUGCGGGCUGUCUGGACUCGUCAUGGCUGCGGCUGUUCGGGCAGUUCGAGCGCACAGAGGGUUUAUCUCAUUGACACGGCGCUGCAGCCACAGCACUGCUCUCAAACCUCAAUAUGACGCCGUUAUUAUCGGUGCAGGUCACAAUGGUCUUAUUGCUUCAGCAUAUCUGCAGAAGGGCGGGUUGAAAACGGCAGUACUGGAACGCAGACAUGUGCUUGGAGGAGCAGCUGUAUCUGAACAGAUUGUUCCAGGGUUCCACUUUUCCAGGGCCUCCUAUCUGCUCAGUUUACUGCGUCCACACAUCUACCAGGACCUGGAGCUCAGGAAACAUGGCCUGAAGGUGUACAUGAGGGACCCCUAUUCAUUUACCCCCAUAUUGGAGGAGGGUGUGGGAGGGGGGCCACCACGCUCUUUACUGCUUGGAGCUGACAUGGCAAAGAACCAGCAAGAGAUCGGCAAAUUCUCAGAGAAAGAUGCCAAGGUCUAUCCUGAUUUUCUAAACCAUUUGGAAAGACUGGCCUGUGCCAUCCACCCUCUUUUAGAUGCUCCACCCGUAGACAUUCCAGGAGUGACUCAGGGCUCUUUGAGAAAGAGAAUAUCUGCCCUGAAGAGCUUAAAACCUUUGGUGAAGUCUGGGAUGAAGUUGGGAAAGAAUAUACCAGACUUCUAUGAACUUAUUACGGCUCCAGUUAUGAAGGUUCUCAAUCGCUGGUUUGAAUCAGAGCCAUUGAGAGCAACGCUAGCCACUGACUCUGUGAUUGGGGCAAACACAAGCCCUAAUAACCCUGGAAGUGGAUAUGUCCUUCUGCAUCAUGUCAUGGGUGAGCUGGAGAAGGAGAAAGGAGCCUGGGGUUACGUGGAGGGCGGAAUGGGCGGUGUUUCUCAAUCAAUUGCCUGCUCUGCACGCUCUCUUGGAGCAGAUAUCUUUACAGAGAGAGAUGUUGGACAAGUUCUUAUUGAUCAGGAUGGAUCUGUCAGGGGUAUUGUGCUGAAAGAUGGAACUGAAGUCCGUAGUAAAGUGGUUCUGUCCAAUGCCACUCCUUAUGUCACCUUCAAACAGCUCACCCCACAGGAUGCCCUGUCAGAGUCAUUCAUCAGAGCUGUAGAUCAGAUUGAUUACACUUCUCCUGUUACCAAGAUUAACGUGGCUGUUGACAAGCUGCCUAAUUUCUUGGCCGCUCCGAACAGUGCGGAUGGAAAACCGGGUCCACAUCAUCAAUGUUCGAUCCAUCUGAACUGUGAGAGUGUGGAGCUACUAGAAGAAGCCUAUAGGGAAGGCCAGCAGGGACGCCCAUCCUCCAGGCCUAUGUUGGAAAUGACUAUUCCCUCUGUGCUGGAUCCGACUCUAGCACCCCCAGGCUGCCAUGUGGUGUCUCUCUUCACCCAGUUUACCCCGUUUUUGCUGGAGGGAGGCCGAGCUUGGAAUAAUAAGGACAGGGAGAGUUUUGCAGACACAGUAUUCAAUUGGAUUGAGCAAUACGCACCUGGAUUUAAAAAGUCUAUAGUGGGCAAAGAUAUCUUGACCCCUCCUGAUCUUGAGAAGAUCUUCGGUCUUACUGGAGGGAAUAUAUUUCAUGGCUCAAUGUCUUUGGAUCAGCUUUACCUGGUGAGACCUUUGCCCUCUGUCGCAGAUUAUCGUUCACCAGUCAAAGGACUGUACUUAUGUGGCAGUGGCAGCCAUCCAGGUGGAGGUGUUAUGGGUGCAGCAGGCUGGAAUGCAGCUCUCACGGUCCUGGCAGAUUUAAAGCGACGGUGAUCUUACUUGUCCACAUGUUUAUGGCCUUCAGCUGGGAAUGUUACUUUUCUGUGUCAAAAAGAGAUUGAUUGAGAGAGUGAUUGUUUUGUCUCACUAAGCCUUUGAAACACUCCCAAAAUGUUGUGCUGAAUUCCCUAUUUUUUCACUGCCAUUACAAAGUGUUUGUAAAAUUUGGAAUAUAAAAACAUGAAAAAAGUCAUAUUGAUUGAA